AUGGAGGACGACAAGGCUAAAAAUAUUUACGAAGGACCGUAUCCUACAUUAUUGAUAGCGGAUCCAGAAUUGAUAAAGGCUGUUUUUGUGAAGGAUUUUCAUUAUUUUUCGGCCCAGAGAAAUUUUCGUUUCGGAAAUCGAAUUUUGGAUAGGGGAGUAUUCAUGCAAACUGGAGAAAGAUGGAAACAAUUGAGAAGUAUGAUGUCACCCAGUUUCACUUCUGGAAAACUGAGACUAUUAUAUAAAAUAACAAAUCCGAUGCAACGUUGUUCUUUUACUUCACUUCUUUUUAGAUUUUCAAGUACUUUCACAAUAGAUGUUAUUGCCAGGACUGCUUUUGGGAUUAAACUCGACUCAAGAAAAGAUCCAAAUAAUCCUUUUGUAAAGGCUGCAAGAAGAAGUCUUGGUCCAGUUUCUUGGAGAUUUGCACUUGCAGAUCACAAUUUUAUGUGCGUAAUUAAAAAUUUUUAUAUAUAUUAUACAGAAUUUGAUUUGGAUGAUGUGGUGAGCCAAUGCGUUAUGUUUUUCGUUGGUGGAUACUUUGCUCCAACAUUAACUAUUUCGUGUUCUGUUCAUGAAUUAGCAGUCAAUCCAGAUAUACAAGAAAAACUUAUUAACGAAGUUGAUGAAACUAUUAAAAAAUCGGUAACAUAUUUUAUUAAUAUACGUAGAAUAGAGCGUAGGGUAGUAGAAGAUCACGAAUUGGGCGAUACAGGAAUUGUCGUUGAAAAAGGCACAAUGAUAGGAGUACCUGUUUAUGCUCUUAAUCAUGAUCCUAAGUACUUUCCAGAUCCAGAUAAAUUUGAUCCCGAAAGAUUUUUAUCUCACAAGAAUAACAUGCUUCCUUUCACCAAUUUGUCAUUUGGAAUUGGACCAAGAAAUUGUAUAGCUAAGAGAUUUGCCUUGAUGGAAGUUAAGAUGGCCCUAGCUAAAACUUUGCAAUACCUUAGAUUUAAACCAGGAAUUAAUACAAAGAAAGAGCCUGAGUUGCUUUUAGCAAGAGGUUUCAAUCGCUUAAAACAUGUAUAUUUAAAAAUUGAGUUAAGAAAAUGAAUUUCGUUUUUACAUGACAAGACAAACUUCAGGAAUAUUUGAUGUUAUUAAUUAACGUAGUCUUAUUUGCUUUAAUUACAUUUAUUGGAAAGUAAAAGUUUCAGAAAUACAGUCGACCCCCCUAUAAGAUAGAGA